AUGAAAAAGACGGAGUAUCUUCUUGCAUUUAUCAAAGCAAUCAACUCCCAGCUAAAGAAUGGCAUAGCAAAAUCUGUGGAGGAGGAGCUUGAGAAGGCUAUGUUUGCUUAUGGCCACGAGACUGCACAGACACUAAUUGUUGAUAUUGAGCCAGACAGAAAGCUGCAAGACUACGUGUUGCAGCAAAUUAAAAGGCAGAGGCAGAAAAUAUCAUACGAAUCAAGAACCGAGGGAGAGGCUGAAGCGAAGUAUGUCUCUGGUGGAAUUGCAAGGCAGCUCCAGGCCAUACUCUAUGGUUUUAGGGACAGUGUGCUUGGCUUUUCUGGCAAUGUGGCUGGGACUUCAGCUAAGGAUGUGGUGGACAUGGUUCUGCUCACUUGGUACUUUUGA